CAUCUGAAAUACACACACAACCAUUGAAAUUGAUUCCAUAUUAUUCUAAACCCCCCAAAUUAAUUUUUUAGCAAAGCAAAAUUAGUGGAACACAUACACACACCCAAAAAAAAGAAAAAGGAAAAAAGGCAGCCCUCUGAGCCCUUCAAAUGCAUCAAAAACAAAGCAUGAACAUUUUUUUUGUACUCUUACUUCUUGCCAGAGAUACAACAGGAGUGUCUUUUUCUUUUUUUAAUGGAUUUAUCUUGUUUUGAAUGCAUUUCAAAUGCUAAUAAUCCAUUUUUUACUGGUGUAAAAUUUCCAAUUUUUUUGAAGAAAACAAUAUUUACAUUAUGUUCAUAAUCGAUCAAUACUGGUAUAUACGUACGUACACAUUACAUAUAUGAAGUAUAUAUACAUCACUUGUCAUUUUAUCAAUUGCCAAUGCCCAGCUUAUAAUUCAGUGAUCAACGCAAUCUUCAUAAAUCAUAUAUAUGCUUUAUAAUGUUUAAUAAUUAUACAUUGCGUUAUUUAUUUUUUUAUAAAUGUAUAGACAGUAUAUAUGGUUGUGAAUUUAAUAUUAUUAGGGUUGCUUCAUUGGGUAAUCCAUGAAAGAUGAUGGAUCUUUCCUCAAUCCAAUGAAUAAUAGCAUAUAGUACUCCCUAGUGUUUUUGUGAUGGCAACAUAUAAUAGUGGUAAUAAGAGGUUUCGGAUUAAUUGAAAUGCCAUAAUAAAUAUAUAUAUAGCAAUAAUUAUGAUGAUGAUGAUGGAUACAAGGAGGAGCAGGACGAAGAAGAGUUUGGUUGGGUCCAUAAUCCGGCGAAAUUGCAUUCUGAGAAGGUUAUGUUGGGUUCCCCUCAUGCAUCACAAUUGCAAACCCAAAGUUUUAAAUUUGAUUAAUGUAGGCAGCAGAAGCAGACCGAUUAACAAGCCCAAUCUUAAUCCUUCUGAUCAUCCAGAGUAUUACUCCGCUGAUGGUGAUGGUAAGGAGUUGUUGAUUGGCGGUGAAUCAUUGCUGUCAGAUGGUAAAGGGAAAGCGGUGGUGCAAGUCCCAAGAGGAUAUUUGGCAGUAUACGUGGGGCCGGAGCUACAGAGGUACGUGAUCCCGGCAUGCUACUUGUCCAUGCCUGAAUUUAUGGAGUUGAUGGAGAAGGCAGCUGAGGAAUUUGGGUACCAACAUGAUGGUGGAUUGAGUAUUCCUAAUUGUGAGGAGGAUGAUUUUGAGGUCAUAUUGACAAGGUGCCUGGCAAUGCACCAACCCACUCACAAAAAAAACCCAUCAAAAACCAUACAACUUUGAAGAAACCUAUAGAUUUUUUUUUUUUUUGAAAUUUACUCAGAACGUGAGUGUAUGGUGUAUAUUUAAAUUUGAUGUGUUGUGAGCUACAAUUAGA